AUGCGGAAGGGGAGCAUCCCCGGGGACAGGGCGGGGGCGCCUUCCUCACCCUCCCGUCCUCGCCCCCCUCCUCCCCUCCCCCGGCAGCGCAGCCUCUCCCCCAGCCCCAGGCGCCGGCGGUGCCGCUGGCCCGGGACCUCGCCGCCGCCGCCGCCGCUGCCGCCGCACGCCGCCGACCGGCAGCCCCUCUUCCAGAGGGGCUCCAGCAGCGGCGGCAGCCGGCGGGGCUCGGGGUCGAGCUCGGGGCGGCGCUGGGGCUUCCAGGCGCUGUCCCUGGUGCUGCUGCUGGGGCAGGGCGCGCUGCUGGACCUCUACCUGAUCGCCGUCACCGACCUGUACUGGUGGCUGCUGCACGGCCCCCCCGGCGGCCGCGGGGCCGGGGGCCGCGGGGCCGGGGUCCCCCCCCGCGGCGGCGACUUCGCCUACGCGCACCUCGCCUGGCUCAUCUACUCCAUCGCCUUCACGCCCAAGGCGGCGCUGAUCCUGGGCACCUCCAUCCUGGAGCUGAUCGAGCUGCGCCUGCCGCUGGGCACCACCGGCUUCCGCAUCACCCUGGCGCUCUCCGCGCCGCUGCUGUACUGCCUGCUGCGGGCCAUCGGCACCGAGGGCGCCGGGCAGCUGCUCCUGCCGCCGCAGCCGCCGCCGCAGCACCGCGCCGCCGCCGCCUUCCUCGCCACCUGCCUCGACCUGCUCGACAGCUUCUCCCUGCUGGAGCUGGUGUUGCAGCCCGGGCGGCCGGCUCCGCUGCCCGCCCCGCUGCGCUACCUGCUCAUCGCCGUCUACUUCCUCUGCCUGGCCUCGCCGGUGCUGUGGCUGUACGAGCUCAGCGCCGCCCGCCCGCCCGGCGCCGCCCGCCUGGCCCUGCACCUCCUGCUGCCCGCCGGGCUGCUGGACGCGCCGCUGCUGGCGCUGCGCUGCCUCCUGCUCCUGCGCUACCAGCAGCCGCUGUCCCUCUUCAUGCUGAAGAACCUCUUCUUCCUGACCUGCCGCGGCCUGGAGGCGCUGGAGACCUGCUGCCUCCUCCGCCCCGCCGCCGCCCCGCCGCCCGCCAAGUACGGCCCGGCCGCCGCCGCCCCCGCCGCCGCCCCGCUGGCCCACGGGCUCUCCGACGUGGACGUGGGGCCCCACGGGUACGUGAACGCCUUGGCGGUCACCGCCCAGGGCUGA